CAGCUCACGGUCGCUCGGUCGCCGUUGCAGCCGCCGUUCACUCAUCUCCGUUAACAGAUAAAGAUUAUUUUUCCCCCAUACUAUGUCCAUGGCUUCUUCAUGUUUCUGCCCACCAAAACACGCCCUCUCCAUAUCCAGACCCAAUCGCACCUUCCUCAGAGCCACUCCUCAUGACUUUGCACCUCGGCUCCCCUCCUUCUGUUUUAUACCUUCAUCCUGCCGUUCGGUGUCCACUGCUGUGACUCCACUGAAGGUCCACGCAAGUUCAACAGUUCCUUUGAUGGACUCGUCUCCUAGCAAAGCUUCUUCUUCGGUCCCAACGGUUGUUGAAGUGGAUGUCGGUAACCGUAGCUACCCGAUCUACGUAGGUUCUGGCCUCCUUGAUCGACCCGAGCUUCUCCAAAUGCAUAUUCACGGAAAGAGAGUUCUUAUAGUAACAAAUACGACAGUUUCUGCUUUAUAUCUGGACAAAACUAUCAGUGCUUUAACAUGCGGAAAUCCUAAUGUUCGUGUUGAAAGCGUGAUCUUGCCAGAUGGAGAACAAUUUAAGAACAUAGUAGGUGUCUUGUGACACGGUAGAUGAAAGUUUGACUUGGGAACCAGCCCCUAUAUAACGAUAGGAUGCUCAGGG